UUGGCGCCCGAUAUGUUUGUCUCUCACACACACGCGGUAUACACUGUCUCAAACAAAUUUCCCUCUCUUUCAACACAACCAAGCCUCACCUCGCUCACCACCGUCGUUGGCCACCGGCGAGAGAGACCGUCGCACAUCACCACCGCCACCUGCAAAGCACCAGCGCCACUUAAUCACAGAAAAUGCCAUGGCUGAGUUAGGGAGGCUGCUCAUGUAUGAAGCAUCAAGGGAUUCGCUGCCUACCAUAACAUGGGAGAUUCGGUCACCAAUGGGUCCUACCUCUAUAGAAUUUAUUGAUCCAAGGGAACCUGUGGUGGUAAGGGACUUUGUUACUGGAAGACUUUUACAAACUCGAGCUUUUCUACUACCAAUUACUGGAAUAGUUAUUGAUCCAACAGAGAUGAAGUUAUUUUCUGGUGGUAUAGAUUACUAGUGGAUAUUUCUUUUUUGUAUACAGAGGACAUCAUUUUUGUAUGAUUAUCUAUUUGUAUGGAAUUAUUAUUUUGGGUUGGAUUAUAUUUGGUUUGUAUAGAAUUUGAUGUUACAAGACCAAAUUUUUGGAUGGUUGAAAGUGAAAUAGAAAUAGACAUAUGUAUUGUUUUGUUUA